CCAAUCUGGUUAUUACUGAUAGGCUGAAAAUACAAAUAUGUUUCGAAUAAAUGUUUUGAAUUUUAACUGGAUAAAACAAUUUUGUUUUGAUAAAAUAAACAGAACACAUUAUUAUAAAUGUCUUAUAUAAAUCAAUUAUAAGAUAAAAUGUAAGUUAAUUAAAUCGAGUAUCAUGUUAAUUACACUAGUUAGGCUAGUCAUGGUGGGAGAACUAAACAUUUAUAGAAGAAAUGGAAAACCGGAUGAAGUCAAGGACGACGCUCUCUCUCUCUCCCUCUCUCUCUCAUUGUCAUUCACGUGCUCUCGUGGAUGCGCUUCUUAUCCUCACACGGUUUCUGCGUCUCUCCUUUUAUUUCCAGAACACAAACCCCGAGGGGAAUGAUCGCGGAGUCCCUCCAGUCUCGGUCUCUAAGGAUGCUGCCUCGCUGAAGAUCCGUGGAGAUGGAUGACACAUGGCUGUGAUGCUCCAGGAUCUUCUUCUUCUUCUUCUUCAUCAUGUCUCCAGCGGCUCCGGUGACGGACAGCAGCGCCGGUGAUGUCCUCCGCGAGCAGACGGACGCUCCGCGGGAAGCGCAACGUCCAGUGAAGCAGUCUUUGAGCAAGUCCCUGUGUCGCGACUCACACUGGAAAUGCCUCCUUCUGUCACUGCUGAUGUACUGCUGCGUGAUCGCGAUGACCUGGUGCCAGGUCACAAAGGUCACGCGCCUCACCUUCGAAAGUGCUUUCAAAGGCAAGUCCAUGUUGUACCACGACAGUCCUUGUUCCAAUGGCUACAUCUACAUCCCGGUGGCUUUCCUCGUCAUGCUUUACAUGGUUUAUAUGGUGGAGUGUUGGCACUGCUUCACACUCAAUGAACUCCAGUUUAAAGUAGAUCUGGAGAGCGUCGCCGAGCGCGUGCAACGCAUGCAACAAGCCACGCCGUGCAUCUGGUGGAAGGCUGUAAGUUACCAUUACAUACGCCGGACGAGACAAGUGACGCGGUAUCGCAACGGCGACGCCUACACGACCACCCAGGUUUACCACGAGCGCGUCAACACGCACGUCGCGGAGGCCGAGUUCGAUUACGGGAACUGUGGGGUUAAAGACAUCUCGAGACACCUCACAGGACUCGAAGGCUUCCCGGUGACUAAGCUGCGCUUUACGAAGUGCUUUAGUUUCGCCAAUGUCGAAUCCGAGAACUCCUAUUUGACGCAAAGAGCACGGUUCUUCACCGAGAACGAAGGAUUGGAUGAUUAUAUGGAAGCGCGUGAAGGGAUGCAUCUAAAAAACGUUGAGUUUAAGGAAUACAUGCUUGCUUUCGCGGCUCUGGAUCGCUUGCCUUGGUAUGCAUCGCAGUGUAGCUUCUGGUUAGCGGCGGUGUUGACUUUAUCCUGGCCGUUGCGGGUUUUGAUGGAGUACCGCACGGCGUAUGUUCACUACCACGUGGAGAAGCUUUUCGGGUUCGACUAUGUCGCUGUUACGCCUCUGGAUGAGCGUCCGUUUUGUCGUCACAUCCCGAGGGUCAACACCAUCGACAGCACGGAGCUCGAGUGGCACAUUCGCUCCAACCAACAGCUCGUUCCCAGUUACUCCGAAACCGUGCUCAUGGAUCUGGUGCAGCAGUCCAGUUGCAACACGUUUUCGCCGCGUGGCAUCGGUGCGGCCGGCGGGAACGGCUUCGGUGGAUAUCGGCAGAACUGUGAACGCUGCCAUCGGUCUAUAAGCAGCUCGUCGAUUUUCUCACGCAGCGCAUUGAGCAUCUGCAACAGCAGCAGUCCGCGUUUGCCGCGUUUACCUUUCAGUGGAAGCCGGUUCUCUCUUGGCCGUUUGUACGGCUCGCGACGCAGCUUGCGAAGUCACAGUAGUAGCCUGAACGAUCCCAGAUGUCCGACGGAAAGCACGCGAUGCUUGGCCGAUCAGUCGACCAAUGAGGAGAGCCCACCUUCUCCGCCGGCCUAUCAGGACGCGCUGUAUUUUCCAGUACUGAUUGUUCACCGCAACGAGGGCUGUGUCGGUCACGACCACCAUUCACUGCACCGUAAUGGAUCCUGCGUGGAGACUUCAUUAUAGCGUUAGCAUAAGAACACAAACAUGGUGUUGCAAAUAUAAAAUGAACAGAAUGGUACAGAAAUGUCUGUAUGAAUCUGAAUGCCACGUGAUUGCAUUUCUUCAUAACAAACGCAGUCUGGCUUUUAGUGAUAUAUUUACACACUUGUGACGCACCAUAUUCAGCUUCUUCGACAACUUCUCACUUUGUUGCAUUUGUAAUCAACCUAAAUGUACAAUAUAAUUUUUUUUUUUACAAAAACAACUUUAGAUAAAGUUGAAUGGCUCAUAAUUACACACGUUCAUAACAAAUGCAGGCUGGCGUUUAUUAAUAUAUCAACACUUUUUCAACUUCUGGAAAAGUUUGCAUUGUGAAGUCAACAAGAAAUGGCAUUCACAAACCAAUUUACUUUCAUAAUAUGUCGUGUUUUUAUUUAGAACACCAUAUUAAAAAGACCUUUGAAAAAUCAAAAAUGAUCCUUGUAAAAUGUAAAACUUGAUCCAUUGAUUAGCUCAUGUAUGGAGAUAGAUAAGGGUUGAAAAAUACCCCAAAACAUCUUCCAAAACGAAAAGUUAUUUCAGAUGCAAUAACAUUAUUUACUUUGCAAUAACAUCCAUUAAAAAAUCGUUCACAUGAAAACAUAUUAAUGAAGUAAACAGGGUUUAUCUGAGUUCAUGUUGACUUCAAAUGAAAACAGCGAAUGUGAAAUGUACAUUUCUUUCAUUUCCUCUUUGAUGAUUCAAUUGGAAUGUUACAAAACACUUUCAGUUCUACUUGCAAUGUAUAUAUAAACACACACACACACACACACACACACACACACACUUCAACAAAAACAAAGCAACAUACUUCUUUAAAAACAAAUAAGACUGUUACCAGAAACACAAAUAAUCAUUAUGCAUUUUAUUAUUUACAUUUUAUAUUACAUUAUAGCAUUUAAAAAUAAAUAAAACCAUUAUGAGCAAAAUCACAAAUAAGGCAUGAUACAGAACAGAAAUUAUUCAUUUCAAAACUAUUCAUAAACACCUUUUUCUUCUGAUCUAUUUAUGGAGGGGUGUCAGUGCAAUGAAUAAUUUAAUAAAUGUGCCUAAAUGACUGUGGCGAGGGGGGCGUGGUUUAGCGGAAUCCGCAACGGGAGAGAGACGGAGGGAGC